CGGAAGUAGUUCACGUCAUUGCCAACAGUAACGUUUGAUUUAUCAUCUCUGUCAUAAAAUUGAUAAAUUCGUCGAUUUUGACGAAAGAACAUAUUGCAAAUAAGCUUGCAAUAAUAGGAUAAUAUAAGUUUAGUAUUAAAUAAAAUAGUUAAUCUUACCUAAAAUUUCAAAAUGUUUAUCUGGGAUUGGUUUACUGGUGUCUUAGGAUUCUUGGGUCUCUACAAGAAAUCUGGCAAACUCUUAUUUUUGGGCUUGGACAAUGCUGGCAAAACCACAUUGUUGCAUAUGUUGAAAGAUGAUAGAUUAGCUCAACAUGUGCCUACACUACAUCCAACCUCAGAAGAGUUGUCAAUAGGCAGUAUGCGUUUCACGACGUUCGACUUGGGCGGGCAUCAGCAGGCUCGGCGCGUGUGGCGGGACUACUUUCCCGCCGUGGACGCUAUUGUGUUCCUCGUUGAUGUCUGCGACCGUCAGCGCUUUAAAGAGUCUAAAAUGGAAUUAGACUCGCUCCUAACUGAUGAAACCCUCAGCAACUGCCCCGUACUCAUCCUCGGAAACAAAAUUGACAAACACGGAGCGGCCAGUGAAGACGAAUUGAGACAAUUCUUCAAUCUAUACCAACAGACUACUGGAAAGGGCAAAGUGUCGCGGUCAGAGCUUGCAGGCAGGCCGCUAGAGCUGUUCAUGUGCUCGGUGCUGAAGCGCCAGGGCUACGGAGAGGGCUUCCGCUGGCUGGCCCAGUACAUUGACUGAAUACACUCCACAUUUAUUCGCUCGCUUUGCCUCUCCGUACCAAGCCUGAACGUUGACAACUGUGGACUGUUGUGUUCAGUUGGAAUGCGAAAUUUAGUUAAAUCUCUUUAACACAAUACAUUUGCAUAAUACCCAUCUUCAAUAUUGAAGUUACCAAACAAUGUUGUGAGUAAAGUUUUUUACUGAUAAAUUGAAUGUCUACAUUAAAUUAUACGAGAUCUUUAAAAUUUUACUGGUGUAUUAUCAAUGAUAUUUCUUAAAUUUAACUAAAUUUCGCGCUCUCUGGUAUUCUUUUAUUUUGUUUAAUUUCCUGAUUUAAGUAACAUAAAUAACAUUUAGCUAAAUUAUAACCGUUUUUAUCUUUAUUUUCUCAUGUAUGAAGCGAGAUGGAACAAUGCUUGCUAUAUUUGUAAAAAUUAAUACUAAAGUGAAACAGUCUACUGUGUAGAUCUCUAUGAGUAUAUGAAAAUGAAAAAUUGUUUAUUGUCAAAAAAAGUGUGAAACAAAAGCUAAAUAGAUAAUGAAGAGCGAGCUAGAGUAGUUUGGAGCGGUAUAGGAUGGUCACCAUGAGAAGCUUUAGGUAUAAUAUUAUUCACAGCUCUGUUGGGUUCUGUAGCUCAAAGCCCGUUUUAAUUAUUCAAUAUUUCAGCUUUACAAAUCUGUUUCAAUUGCUAGCGUUUACUUUCAAUUAACUAUUUCGAUACAAACUACAACAUAUCAGACUCACACAUACUAUAAUUACACUUUCAAAACUCGGUAAUUAAGCACUUCGCUUUUAUAACUAGAUACAUAUUUACUAUACAACUACAGAACCCACAUUUUAUUUACUCGGGCUUAUUCUUAUAUAGCACUUAAUUCGUUUAAAUACAUUUUAAAUAAAUGAAUAGGACUUUUGUUCCUGGGUUACUUCAUUUGGUUUGCAAAACCGCGUAAAUUUAUAAUUUAGGUAAUGGUGCAAUUAUUUGCGUUUGUGUAGUAUUGCGUCGGGUCCAGUCAUACUUCGUGUCUACCCAUUACUGUAAUAUCUAAAAUAUCGUAUUUAUCAUUACUUCUAUUAGAUUUAUAUAACUGAUUGUAUAAUUUUUCACUAUACGAUCUGUGUGACAUUGAAUUCAUUUAUUUCUAUUUUCAGUUUCUCAUUCCAACUAUCGAGUGAUAAUUUUGAAAUUUGAUUAUAUAUUAUAUACCAUAGUUCAUUGUGUUAAGUUCUUUAAACGCGAUGUUUAUUUUUGUAAAUUAUUUCAAUCGACUCAAUAUUUAUAUUCAAUUUUCUUUAUUUUCGUAUUUGUGAAACGGCUGGUCUGUAUGAAAAUUGUCUUGUUUUUUAAACGGUACAAGUUAUAUUAUACAAGCUUGAAGCACAAGUCUUAACUGCAAAGAAGAUUAAUAACAUUAAAUGUUCUUGCAAAAUAUUUCUCAACGUAAUUAGUUAUUGCCAUCACCAGGAUUGCCUAUGGAUGAGUUCAAACCAUUAGUUGUAAGUAGAUAGCAAUGGAUCUGUUACGUAUUCGCAUGAACGAAUGAAAAUGUAUUCCAAUAUAAAAUUAUAAUAAGGCUUUACUAACUACGACGAGCCGUUUCCGACAGCGUGUUGUCAUCAACUGCUGAAUUUCCAGAUUUACUUAGGAUUGUUCUUCGGUAUAUUAUUUUUGCAUUAUAAUAAGUUCAAAAAUGUUUGUAAUAAAAUUUUUAUCAAACAAAA